UUCUCCCCAUUAACCAUCCCUUCCCGUAGUCCACUAGUUCGUGUUCUAGAUAUCUCUUCCACAUCAUCCUAAUAACUUUGUACUUCAAUAUGGAACCCGAAUCUUGGAUGUUUCCCAUUACAGUGAUGUUAGGUUCUCUAAACCAUGCCGAAGUUCAAGCGUGCAGCAUUUCAAGCGUUCCAGAUGAGCUUAGAAACCAAAACGACAAGGCCUUCAAGCCAAAAGUGGUUUCCAUAGGACCGAUCCACUGUGGAAGCACGAGACAACUCCAAUUAAUGGAAGAGACCAAGUGGCAUUACAUGCGUGAGUUUCUUGACCGGAACAGAAACCAAGGGGAAGGACGAGUGUCUCGGAUAGAAGCUUGUGGCCACCAAAUUCUGCAGAUAGAUAAUGCAGUUAGGGCAAGCUAUGGAGGUAACACUGAAUUGGAACCCAAGGAAUUGGCUAAACUAAUGAUAGUGGAUGGUUGCUUUGUGCUGGAGUUUCUCUUUAAGCUUGCCUCUUACAUGAUUGAACUUUCCGACCCAUCAAGGAGUACUGGUUAUUCGGGUGAUCCAAUAUUUGAAGACAAGAAGAAAGUGUUGGCUGUGAUGAACGACAUCACAAUGCUUGAGAAUCAAAUACCCUUAGUGGUUCUCAAGUCGUUGUAUAGGAAGGUGUUUCCUCACCCUGAUGGCACUCUUAUCCACAACGAUCACCGCGUUGUGCAACUCGUGCGGGAAGCUUUUGGAUACCCUCAGAAGGAAGGUGGAGGAGGAGCACACAUACUUAACUUGAUGCAUUUGUCCACCGUUGAACACGAUCAGUACCAGAGAAAAGCAGCCAAGAAAGAACUCACGCGGUGUGCUACGAGGCUUCGAGCCGUGGGAAUAGUAAUUCAAGCAAAAAAACCUAAUUCUAAGAUCGAGUUGGAAGACAGGUUCAACUUUGACAUAAAAUUCAACCAUAACAAGCUGGAAAUCCCGACGCUUCAAAUCAAAGAGACAACAGAAGUGAAGUGGAGGAAUUUGAUUGCGUGGGAGCAGAGCAAAAUUAGCAUCAGAUGCAAGUUUACAUCGUAUGCCUUGUUCUUCCGAGGUUUGAUAUGUUGCAAGCACGACAUUGAACUACUUGAGGAGAAGAAGGUUAUAGUGAACGAGUCAGGGAAGAGCAAAGAAGAUUUGCUGAAACUAUUUCUCACGAUAUCCAAGGGCGCGGAGCACAUGGAUUCGAGCUAUGGCGAAAUUUGUUCAGAGUUGAACAUGUAUCGAGAGAGGAAAGUCGCAACAGCGUUGCAAUGGUUGCCUAUAGUCAUUUGGCACUUGUGCAGACAUGCUUUUCAGAUCAUUGUUUACUAUGGGAUAAACUGGUACAAAAUUUUGAUACGUGAUCAUAUAUCCACAGUGUGGAAAUUAGUGGGAGUGCUAGCAGCUACUGUGCUUCUGAUUCUCACCAUCAUGCAGACGAUUUAUUCAGCCCGCAGCAGCAACUAAUUAUUUGUUAGAAUUGCUACGAGCAAAUAUAAGUGUUUUUGUUACAGUUAAUUUUUGGAAUAACAAUUGAAUAAGUUAUUAUCAUGUCAUGUAUUAUAGUGUUUUGUGCAAUGCAUUUUUUUUUUCUUCAUGUCAUGUUGUA